GAACGAGCGGUGCAACGAGAACUACACCACGGAUUUCAUCUACAACCUCUACUCGGAGGAGGGAAAGGGCACCUUCGACUGCCGGAAAAACGUGCUGGGGCACAUGCAGCAGGGCGGCACCCCGACGCCCUUUGACAGGAACUUUGGUACCAAAAUGGGUGCCAAGGCGGUGGCCUGGAUCACUGGGAAGAUCAAGGAGUGCUCCCGGCAUGGUCGGAUCUUCGCCAACACGGCCGACUCGGCUUGUCUGCUGGGCAUGCGCAAGCGCAGCCUCGUCUUCCAGCCCAUCGCCGAGCUCAAGGAGCAGACAGAUUUCGAACACCGCAUCCCCAAGGAGCAGUGGUGGCUGAAGCUUCGCCCCAUCCUAAAAAUCCUGGCCAAGUACAACAUCGAGCUGGACACCUCGGAGAAAGCCCACCUGGAGCACGUCACGCGCAAGAGGAUCUCGCUCGAGUCCAACAUUUAAAAUUCCAUCCCUGGCAAGGCUUCCCCCCCACCCCGGAGCGUGUCCCCGUGUCACUCCGGGGAACUCCCCCAAAACAAGCGCUCCCCGUUGUAGCUCACGCUCCUCGUUCUAGCUUGCACCCCCCCAGGGAAGCCAGGCAGCACCUUCAUUCCCCGAGGACACGCGCUGCCUCGGCAGAAGAGCGGUUUUCCUCAAGCAGAGGGUUUCUUCAGGGUAAAUUUUGGGUUGGUUUAGCUGUUUUUACGGGCUUUUUUAAAACAGAAAAGCGGUUUCCCCAAGUGUUGCGGCGGGAUAUUGCGACGAGCUGAGAGUAAGAGGUCUGGGUAGAGUCCCCAGGGCACUGUUCUAGUGUUAAAAAUUCAGAAUUAAGAUGCUUCAAUAAACUCACCACUCAGUCGUGGUGGCAAACGUGAAUCAUGCUCCAACCCUCAGCGCUCAGCCCCCCCAGGGAAGGAGAACACGGCUCCCGCAGCUCCGCACACACCCCCAGUCCCGACGGCUUCACUUCCCAGCCCAACAGGGAGGAAUAAAAUAUAUAAAAUCUGAUUUUUCCCCCCCACACACCCCGAGUUUCUCCCAUAAAGCAAUUAUCAAAGUUCACCCGCCUGACUUCAAGUGCAGGGAACAGCUCUCCUAGGACCCCUGGGUGAGGAACGCACACACAGAGGAUGAUACAGCUCGGUGCAUCAUCAAAAUCCCCCCCAAAAAACCCAAAAAUCAGGGGUGGCGCAGCGUGGAGGGGGAUCGGAGGGGGCAGGCUGUGGUCGGAAGCAAAACCCACACAAAACUCAUCAGCAUGAGGAUUUAAAACGCGUCACCACGGGCGGGGUGAUGUUACAGUUCUGAGGUGUGACAGGGACCGUACGUGGGGCCAAAAAUGAGGACAGGAAUAAAACACCAGCUCCCCCCAAACCCCACCCUGACGCAGCCUCCCUGUUCAGGGAGGACCCCAAAUGGGCGGGGCUGGGAGCAAGCUGUGCCCAACAGAGAGUGGGUGCUGCCCACGGGGGUCCUGCACAGCGCCCCGCUGCCCACCCUCCUCCUAAAAUCCACAUGUACACACACAUAAAUAAAAUCAACACCAAAACCGGUGAGUCGGCAGUGCAAAAGCAAAGCUAAGGAAGAGCUUGGGGGGUGGGGGGGGUAUGGUGUGGUAGAUGGGAGGGAAACCCUCUGCUCCGGGGCACGGAGCAGCCGCUGCUCUGAGCGGAGCAACUCGAGAGGGAGAGAAACAUUUCCUCUGCUCACACAAAUUACAGCCCCACAGUGUCUCUCUUGAGGGGCUCCCACCUUCCACCCCUCCAAGGGGUCUUAAAAAAAUUAGAUAAAAAGGGAAAAAAAUAGACUUCCACGUGGUGAAAGGAUGCCUGAUGUCUGCACCGGGAGGUGCGGACACACAAGCGCUGCCCCGUCUGUGGGGCGCUGCGGGUGUGUCGGGGUGUUGGUGCCAAGCAAAGGUGUCAGCCCGCAGUGCUACACCACUCAGGGGGUCGCUACAGGGGCUUGGGGUGGGUUUUUUUCCACCAGAAUUCCAGCCGAUGCAUCCCACAGGACUUCUUGAUUUCCUAUCACAGGUCCUUCAAAGAAAGAGCGUUUCCCUGCUCUCCCUGCACCUACAAAGCCUUCCUUUCCCCAAGGUCAGCCCCGACG